AUGGCAGAAUCACAGGCUAAUCCCUCUUCAUCUUCAACCUCCCCAUCCGACCAACAAACCUACCUAACUUGGUCCAACUUCUUCUCAAUCUUCACCAACACCGCCUCCCAAGAAACUCGCAACGCCUACUUCUCCGAACGCGACACCAUUAACGAAAGUCCAGACUGCGCCCGCUGCGAAUCAGAUGUCGCCUAUCUCUUCAAAGCCUCGCCCAUCAUAACCUUCAUGAAACACAACAUCGACCUCCUCGGCCCCUCCAACGGCGCCGCAAGUAUAGGGCCACACAACAUAAAAUGCAGAAAAUGCACAACCGCCCAAACCGGAAGCUUUAGCCCAGACCACGGGAUCAUGCUCUGCGCCAACCAAUUCCGAGACCGUGGACACUUGGAAGACACGCUCGCGCAUGAAAUGGUGCAUGCAUAUGAUCAUUUACGUUUCAAGAUGGAUCCUUUGGAUUUGAGACAUGCCGCUUGCAUGGAGAUUCGGGCGAGUAUGUUGAGUGGGGAGUGCAGGUGGACGAGAGAGGCUUUCACGAGAGGACAGUGGGGUUUGACGCAGCAGUUGCAGGAAUGCGUGAGACGGAGGGCGGCGUUGAGUGUGAGAGAUCGUCCGGCUUGUAAGGAUGAUGUACAGGCUGCGAGGGUUGUUAAUGAGGUUUGGGAGAGUUGUUUUAAUGAUACGAGGCCCUUUGAUGAGAUUUAUAAGUGA